GGCGCCGCGCACGUGGCGCGGAGGAGGCGUCCCGCCGCGUGGCUCUCCCCGGCCCCGAUCCCUCCCUCGCCGCGCCGCCCCGCUCCGCCCCGCCCGGGGAGGGCCCAAUGGGGGACGCAGGGCAGGCGCGGGGGGGGGGGCGCUCCAUCGACUACGCCUGGCUCGCCCGCCGCCCGGGUGCUGUGCUCGCCGCCGCCGCUCGCACGUCCUCCCUUUCCUCUUCCUUCGCCCGCCUCCGCGAUGGCCCUCUACCUCCGCGCCGCAGGGCCCGCCGUCGCCUCGGCUGCUUUGGGACGCUCUCCUGCCGCACUGCUCCCGGUGCUGAGCUCCUCGCAACGCCCGCCGCGGAGGCACUAUGCUGAUCGGAGGAUCAAGGUGGCCAACCCUGUGGUGGAGAUGGAUGGAGAUGAGAUGACUCGGAUCAUCUGGGCCUUCAUCAAGGAGAAGCUGAUCCUGCCCAAUGUAGAUGUCCAGCUGAAGUACUUUGACUUGGGGCUGCCGAAUCGAGACCGGACUGAUGACCAGAUCACCAUUGACUCAGCUCUGGCCACCCAGAAAUACAGUGUGGCAGUCAAGUGUGCCACGAUCACCCCCGAUGAGGCCCGCGUGGAAGAAUUCAAACUCAAGAAGAUGUGGAGGAGCCCUAACGGCACCAUCAGGAACAUCCUCGGUGGGACCGUCUUCAGGGAUCCGAUCAUCUGCAAGAACAUUCCUCGCCUGGUAACCGGGUGGACAAAGCCCAUUGUCAUUGGCAGACAUGCCCACGGCGACCAGUACAGAGCCACAGAUUUCGUUGUGGAUAAGUCGGGGACGUUUAAGAUGGUCUUCACUCCCAAGGAUGGCAGCGGAGUCAAGGAGUGGGAGGUGUAUAACUUCCCUGGUGGGGGCGUUGGCAUGGGCAUGUACAACACAGAUGAGUCCAUCUCGGGCUUUGCCCACAGCUGCUUCCAGUAUGCCAUCCAGAAGAAGUGGCCCCUUUACAUGAGCACCAAAAACACCAUCCUCAAGGCCUACGACGGGCGUUUCAAAGACAUCUUCCAGGAGAUCUUUGACAAGCACUACAAGACUGAUUUUGACAAGCUCAAGAUCUGGUACGAGCAUCGGCUCAUAGAUGACAUGGUGGCACAGGUGCUGAAAUCCGCCGGUGGCUUUGUCUGGGCUUGCAAGAACUACGACGGAGAUGUCCAGUCUGACAUCCUGGCCCAAGGAUUUGGCUCACUUGGCCUCAUGACUUCUGUCCUCAUCUGCCCGGAUGGGAAGACCAUUGAAGCGGAGGCUGCUCAUGGCACGGUCACUCGCCACUACCGGGAACACCAGAAGGGAAAUCCCACCAGCACCAACCCCAUUGCCAGCAUCUUUGCCUGGACGCGAGGCCUGGAACACAGAGGAAAGCUAGAUAGCAACGCCGACCUCAUCAAGUUUGCUCAGAUUCUGGAGAAGGCCUGCAUCGAGACGGUGGAGAGCGGGUCAAUGACUAAAGAUCUGGCUGGCUGCAUUCAUGGAUUAAGCAAUGUGAAGCUGAACGAGCAUUAUGUGAACACCACUGACUUCUUGGAUGCCAUCAAGAACAACCUGGAGAAAGCCCUGGGCAAAUAGGAGCUGAGGGGCCCAGACAGCCCUGACGGAUGGGGAUGGAGGAGGGCAUAGCCUGCCGUGGAGGCACCAGAUGAAGGAAGGUGGCUUACCUCAUUUUUAACAGAACAACCUCUAGCUGUUAGUACUUGCAACCAGGAAAACGUUUUUGUAACAUGUUUUUCCAGUGGUUGUUUUUAAAACUCCUCUUAGCUGGCCCACAGGGGCCCAGUAACACGUCCCACCUGCUGCUACUGCUAGCUUGGGGGUGUGUGUGUCUUGGUGCUGGAUCCCCACCCUGGGCUGGGUAGUUAUAAUGGUUUGUGCUGUAAUUUAUGUCCUGUGGUUUGGGCCUCACGGUGCCAAAUAGAACUAUUAAAAUACAGCUUUUACACA